AUGAAUGGUUUUUAGCACUUGUAGGAGGUGAAUCAGAUAAACGCAAAAUAAGAUUAGUUUUAAUAAUAGCUGUAACUCCAUAAAAUUAAUGAAGCAGCAACUUCUUAAAUUAUUUCUUACUAGUUUUGCAGUAAAGGAGGCUAUCACACUGGUGAGUUAUUAAAUUGUGUAUGUAUUGAUGAAAAAUGCAAUCAAAAUGAAUUAAUUUGCUCCUUUUGUGAAUAGGAAAAGCACUAGGGUCAUUUAGUAAUCCCAUUUAAAGUUUUUUUAGAAUCUUUACAAAGCAUGUAAACAGACAACUCUUAAAGCAGCAACCACAUGAAUGAGGAGUAUAAAUCAAAUUUAGAGAAUUACUAACAUAUUUAGCAAAAGACAAACCCAAAAUUAGAUCCUUUAAAAGCUAAUAAGAACAUGGAUAGAGACUAAUUUGGUUUUUAUCUUGAUGAAAUAGAUAGAUAGCAUCAAAUAACGAUUAAAUACUUUCACGAUUACUAAACAAAAGUUUUAGAAGGGUUUAAUGAGUGCAUGAAUAAGAUAAAUUAGUUUUAUAAAGCUGUUAAAUCUGAACUUUAAAGAAAGCAAUAUUUAGAAGAAACUUGCUUUUAGAAGCUUUUAAAAUCUUUGUCAAACUAUUCCUCAACAAUUUAGGAUACAACUGUGUAGCUAUCAAAUCCCUUCAAUGAAGAAAACGUUUUGAAUAUAUUAAAUAAAGAUCAAUAAGAACCGAAAAAUAAUAGAAGAAAUAAAAGAAACAAUAACUAUAUAACUCAAGGCUCCCAAGAUAUAAAAGAAGUACUAAAGAUUAUUGGAUUUGAUUAGAAUGAUAGCUUUAAAAGCUAUUAUAAGUUUGACCUAAACCAUGUUGUAUAAAUAUGCGAAUCAAGAUAGCAAAAAUUGAUGGCAGGUAAAGAGUCAGACGGAUUAUUAGUUUAGCUCAAAGCACUAGUAUCAAAAUGCGAUUUUUUAUAUGGAGAAAUCCCACCACUUUCCAUUUAGAUUUCAUCUUCACAGAGCGUUGGCCUAUCAGGCUUUCUGAAAUAAUUACGCUUUUCAGAUAAGUUAAAAGGAACUUCAAUAUAAAUAAAAUCUCCUAAUUUAGCUCACUAAACAUAAAAUGAAUCUAGUGGAUAGAGGUUUUGUUUGUUAGAGCCAAACUUACCUCAAAAUGGCCGUCUCAGGUGGGGUUUUAAGAUUAAGAGUCUUAUAGGAUGGAUCGGGAUAGGAAUAUGUUUGUCAAGCAUUAUUAAAGGAUUUAAUUACCACUUUAAAUAUUCUAAAAUUGGUCACGGCUCUUAUUUGUUAUCAGGCAAUGGCUAUACUUGGUCACAUUCUAAAUCAGAAUAAAACUCUUAAAAUAAAUCCUUCCACUUUAUAACAGGAGAUACAAUUUACUUAGAAUUUGAUCCACAAGAAAAAAAGCUUAAAUUCCUAAAAGGUAAAUCAAAUGAAAAAUACACUCUUGAAGUAGAUUUUUUACCUACUGAUGAAAUUGUCCCCUGUGUUAACCUUUGCUCUAGCGGGGACGAAAUCGAGCUGAUUGUAAACGAAGCAGAAUUGAUAGCCUUAAAUUUCUGA